UAUGGAUCCACGUGCGGCCCUGACUCCCUGGACGGCUCUGCCCCUGAUGUCGCCGGCCCUGAGGUCAGCCCUGUCGGCUAUGACACACCACCGACCCGCUCACAGGCUCUCCCUCGUCGACAUCUUCCAGCUCCUCGUCGAGCGGCUGAAUGGGCAAGACCGGCUCAAUUACACGGCGACCAUCCGCGCGCUCUACGAGGAGGUGCUGGGACCCCCCCAGCCUCCCCCUCAGCCUCCGGACCCGGCCAGGCGACGCAACCGGUCCUACUCGGCGCUGGAACCGAAGACCUCCUCCUCCUCCAGCAGAAGGUUGACGUCGCACAGCUGGAGUUCGGCGAGGAGGGCGACGAGCGUUGAGGACUUGUCCAACCUCAACAUUCCACAUAAACAAGCUAUAAGCCAUGUGAAUCCCAUACUCGUAUCCAACUCCCCUUCAGUAAACAUCCUGCAGACACCAAAAGGACGUGCAGUCAUUAGGAUGGGAAGCAUACAAGAUGUCUCACUGCUGAAUCACUCGUCAUUAUCCUCCUCAGAUAGGAUGGCUGAUGAUGGGCAGAUAAUAAAUGUGAGCUUAAGGAGGAAUCUGCUGCAGUCAAAACUACAGUUCCACUCUAUUGACAAUUUAAGUCCAGCCAAAGAGAACAUCCAACCGAGGUCUUUAGAUGGAAGCAGACUUUUCAGAGGAGGCGGUACCAUGAACCCCAUCCAGGAAGUGUCUCCCAUUAAGUCACCACCAACAAAGUCUCUCCUGGAGACCUCGGGCUGCCAGACUCUCUCCGAAGACCUAACACAUCCAAAGAUCUCAGACUUUAGAUUGUCACCCUCGAAGGAUGCUAGGUUAGGCAUCACCGUUGGGAGAAGUGCAACAGUUGCUGGUGAUAUGAAGGGUCCUGGAAUGGACUUAGGCAAUGGACCUCGAGUGCAAAAGAGGGUACCACCGAAAAAGCCUCCCAGAGCGAGAGCAAUGUCUGUUGAUAACUUGCUAAAUGCCGAGGCUGAAAUGCGCCAAGUGAAACAGGAGGAAAUUCCCAAAAAGAGGAGGAUGGUGACACGAACUCCUUCACGUCUGUAUCGUUUUGCCGACCCAUCUGCUUUGGUCAGUCAUGGUACUGUUGAUGGUAGAGGACCAGCCAUCUUGGGUCCAGAGUUUGUCGUUCGAAGCAAAGAGCCGGUGAAAAUGCUUUCCCUGUUGCAUGGUUCGCAAACACAGAGAAGUGUGGUGAAAAAGGUAACUGUGGUGUUGUUGACUGGAAGCCGUGUCGAGUUAAGCUGUGAUCCUUCUGUUACACGUGUCAACCAUGUACUGCAGGCUGUAUUAGAGGAGGAAUCCAUUGCCCUUGCCCACUUGUUGGGUCUUGCAGUGUUGGGUGGAGGUGAAUUUCACUUUGUGGCCCCACAGACAAAGCUGCAUAAGGUUGCUCCUCCUGGCUGGAAAGAACGCCAUCCAACAAAGGAUGGACUGAUCCAGGAUAAUUUUACACUUCAUUUGAGAAUUAUGUAUUAUUUAAAGUUUAGCCAUGUGGAUGAGAUGGAUGCCCCGUCGAGGCAGUUGUUAUACCUUCAACUGCGACAUGACCUGUUGGAGAGUCGCUUGCCCUUGUCAGCUGAGUUGUUACUGCAGCUGGCAUCACUUGCUCUACAGGCUGAAUUUGGUGACCAAAGACAUCAGGAUGCAGGCUACUUCCUUCCUGAGCACUAUGUCCCGGAGCCCCUCCUCCGUAGCAGGCAAGCAGUACACUUAACAGAAGAGCUUCAUAAACGCCACUCAACUUUGACUGGUUUGCUUUAUACAGUUGCUCAGACACGCUUCAUUAGCCUCAUUCAAGAUAGCCAGCAUUAUGGAACCCAUUAUUAUCAUGUGACACAGGACAAGGGGCGACAACAGUUGUGGCUGGGCAUAGGCCGAGAAGGAGUGCUUGUGUUAGGAACAGGCCCUCCCUCUCUAGAGGCAGUAUGCAGAGCUACGAUCUACGGCUGGCCUUCCAUCAAGAGACUUUCAUAUGCUUCGCACCGACUCACACUUACACUCCGUUCCCAGGAGAAGGCCAAAAUUAAGUUUAAUUUGCAGGAAAACAGGAGCCGCCACGUGUUCUACCUGGCCACGGUGCACAAGAGCUUCCAUCGUGAGACGUCGGCGACGCCGGUGGACCUGCCCCCUCCCGUGGGCCUCCACCUGGUUAACGCGGCUGUUGCAGGAGCUCAGGGCGCCGCCCCUCCCGCUGAGCUGCUGUCGGCCCUGCACGCGCGCGCCCCCAGCAGCGCGUCCUCGGCCACGACCACCGCCAGGACCAGCCUCUCCUCGGCGGGCACGGCCGACGAGAUCCCUGGCGUCGGCGGCAGAUUGGGCGAGGGCGGAGCGCAAGGCGAGGGCGUUCGGGGAGAGUCCGAACGAGCCCCUGGCCCGCCCUCUUGGCCUGGCGGGGAUACGGGCGUAGCGGCCAAGUCCUCGGAGGGCCUGUCCCGGGCCAACUUCCUGUCGGAGAUCCUGUGGCGCGGCGGCGGAGACGAGUCCGACGAGGUGUUUUCCCUGGAGAACCUCGAGAACGAGCAGCAGUGGAAGCAGAGGGAGCGUCAGAAGCAGCAGAGCCAGCAGGAGCAGAAGCUGGACGAGAAGCCAGCGGACGCCACGCCCGACGGCGACGCCAGCGCGGAGAAGAAGGCGUCUCCGCACCGCGUGUUCCACCAAAGGUCGAAGAGCAACAUCGAGAGCGGGAGCGUCGGCAGUAGCGGCGCGGGCGGCGCGGGCGGAAUCGCAGGCGGCAGAGCGGAGCUGUCGCGCGAGUUCGGGAGCGACGAAUCCUUGCUGUCGUCGCCCAAGAAGGGCCAGACAGUGAGGAUGGGCACCCGCGUGUCCGCCGCGGCACUACAGAAGCGUCGUCUGCGAAGUCUGGAGGGCCUGGCACAGCUGCCGAGCCUGGAGGAGCUCAACACCACGCCCCGGGCCAUUGUUGUUG